CACGCGACAAUAGUUUUGAUCUAGACAUGAUACACAAGCCACAGCCACUACCAAUACAACAGCCACUACCACUUCCACAGCCCAGACCCAAGCCCAAGCCACUGCCGUUGUCACAAGUGCCCAUGAGACCGUUCAUUCCACCUCUGACCCACACCGGCAAUCCCCUGCACCCGCAGCCGCACUCCAGCGGCCAGUGGCUGUCCUCCUCCUCCGCCUCCGCCUCCUCCCUCGCCCACACCACCUCCUUCAGUCAGCCGAGGUCGCGCCGCGAGCUCUAUCCGCUGCGACACCAGCCCCAGUCCUAUCCCCAGGCCCGGCCGCACAGCCUCAGGCACACCCACUCCUACACGGGCCCAUCAUCCGAAUACCACCGCUACCCAGUCCAGGAGACCUCCUUUGCCCAUCCGCCGCGAGCGGCGAGGGGGGACCCCUUCCGACCCGUUCAAUCCCUGAGCAAUGUCGAGGCUGUCACGCAUGCCAUCCGCAACAAGAUCAUCUUGGAGGAGGACGAGGAGGAUAUCCUCGGCUCGGAUCGGUUCUAUUGAAGAGAUUUCAGCGCGCUCGAGUCGUCACGUCACCCCUUAAGUUUUUUUUGCAGCACAGCACAGAUUUGGGAGCCCGCCAGAGGAAGCAGUGCCAAAACACAAACACACACCGCACACACACACGACAAAAAACACCUGUAAAUGUUCCAUUCGAAGAUCGAUUCGUUAGCCGGGAGCCACAAACGAGUAAAGAGUGUUAAGUGAAAGUGAAAAAGAAAGUAAAGAAGCCCAAUGCCAAGUGGGGCCUUAUGUGUCUUAAAUGCUAUAGCUAAGUGUAAUCAGAUUUUAUUUAAAUUAAAUGGUCCUAGGUCUAAGGUCCUAACCAGGAGGAGCGAGGAGCGAGGAAGGAGCAUCAUCCUGCAGCAUUUGUUGAUCCAUUUGGGGGGGUGGGGAGGGGGGGGGGUCGCCUCUCGUAUUCGUUAUGCAAUCGAUUGACUAAGUACAUGAAUAAGUGUCAGCUUUAAUAAUUUAGUGAACGUGUAUUAAUCUAAGUGAAGCCACACACACACACACCCGACACACACCCGACACACAUCCGACACUGACACGCACUGACCUUCAGUUAGACUUAAAACCGAUUGAAAUCUCUUCGAUAGUAUCAAAUCGAUGUCUUAUCCCCCAGUCCUCUAUCCAAAAUUGGUAUUUCUUCCUCUACUUCUUCCGCUACCUUAGUAAUGCUACAAUACUAGCCUUUAACUAUCGGAUAGAUGUACUUCCUGUACGGGCUUCUCGAGAGUACGGGGCCUCUCAAGGCUGUCGGACAGAGGCCGUGGGCGAGUGGGCAGGGGGCCUUGGCCCCGUACUCCCAGCUAGUUUUGAUGCCCACUAUAAGCUAUAGCAAUAUCUUCGAUCUAGUUACCUUGCCACACCGCACCACACCAUAUCAUGCCACACACCUGCCAAUGUACGCACAGUUCGCACCGAUUGCAAGCGAACGAGCCCUGACUGGGAUCGAUUCCAGAGCCCACUUAGAGGUAUAGCGAUUUAAACUACCAGUGCCUUAAAAAACCAUCAAACCAUCAGGACACACCACUCACAGACUUCCCCUGCCCUGCCCAUCCAUCAGUCCAUCAGUUCCAUAUCAUCUCCUCACGCUAAAGUCGUAUGCGUCAAAAUUAUUGUUCAAGUAUUGUAGGUGUUACGAGUAUAUAUGUAAAUGUUGAAGUAAACGUUGAUCUGGCCCAUUCCGAACGAGCACUCCUUUUACAAUUCCAACCACCAAGCAAAAUUUCGUGGACCUAGCGCCAAGCACUGCAUUCAAAUCGAUCGCCACUGCCCCAGAACCCAACCCAAAGUCCAGGACCCCAAAGGGGAGGGGCCAAAGGACAAGGGGAGCGAGGAACAAGGCAAGAAUCUAGUACUUUUUUAUAUGUAAGAGACUACACACAAAAGGUGAUAUAAGUAAAUUUUUGGAGAGCUACGCGGCAGAGAAAAUGGGAACAAGACUUGAAGAUCAGAGCAAGUGUUUCCUGGAGAACAGUGCCGCCGCCAGUUGGGAGUUGGGAGUUGGGGGAUGGAUCGUUAGGUGUAGGCACUGGGGAUGGCAGCAAAGUAAAGAUUAACCUACGAUACGCAAGCACUUCUUGUAUAAAGUGGCAAACAAAAUUGAUCUAUGUAUUAGCUAAACUUAAAUCAAUGAAAUAUGAAAUAUUACUUUUUAAUAUUAGCAUAAUGUUGAGGACAAAAACCUAGACACGAUCCUCCUCGGCCAGAUCGACUCCACGUGUACUUAAGAAAAUAUUGCACAUAAUUCACAGAACUGGUAUUUCAAUAUAGAUAUACAUACAUCUUAUAUACAUACAUAUAAAGAGAUACACGCCCCCAUACAUGGACAUAUAUGGAGGUGUACCGUAUGUUCCAAACUAUAAUUAACAAAAUUUAAACGGAUAAACAGAUACAGAGGAUCAGCCGGCAUUUUGUAAGCGAAGCAAACCAGAAAAAUAAAAAAUAUAAAACUAUAAAAGAAACUAUAACAAAUUGUACCAGAUAAUGUUCAGUGACAUCUGCGAAGCGAACUUUGAUGCUGAGACUUUGUCUGAUCUCAAGUGAGGAGAGGGGAGGCGGCUCCCGCACAAAAGAAAAUCUUCGGAAACAUAGCUUACGGGAUAAUACAGAUAUUCCACUAAUAUUAUAUAUAUUGUAUAUGUAAAUUCCUCUGUCUGAUCGAUCGGCAAAACAAAGUUCCAAAGAUCGCUGCGUUAUGAAAAAAACAAAAAAACAAAAACAACAACCGGUUUGCUUAUAAUAUAGAGCAAUUUUUUUUUGUAAUAAUCGAAUCUUAUUUCCAGUUAAUAAAACAAAGCCCAUACACACACACAAACAAACACGCAAAAUUUUAUAGCGAAAAAAAAAUACUGAAAAAUAUGCCUAUAUAAAUUAUAUUUAGCUGUAAUAACUUCUCUACUUUUCAAGCCACUUUAAUCAAAAGCAAAAACCAUAUUUUUUUUAGCUUAAAAAAAGGAGAAAUUUCUAUUUAAAUUAAAACUGGAAAACAAGUUUAAACGAGGGAAGGGAGAGAAAAGUUUGACUAGAGCACGCCUGAGAUUUCCCUAUUCAAUAAUUCUUAGAAAACCAACAAAAUAUUAUGAUUAACCAAGCGAAGCCCCCACUCCAGUCCCCCCCCCACACACACACACUCAGACACACGAAUAUCAAUCCAAAUCGAAUCCAAAAUUUAUAUAAAAUAUUUUAUACAUACAAAAACUAUACAUAUUGUAAAGAAAAAAAAAACAAACAGUAACUAAAACAAAUCAACAAUUUCCAAAAGUUGUAUGUAAAUAGUUUAUGAUAUUUCAAAUUUGUUAUCGAAUUAUUUAGUUUAUUUAUUGUACUACCCAUGGCAUAUGGUAUAUGGAAUACCCUGUAAGUUUCCAGCACGAAAGAUCGACAGUUCGGGCCUCGGUUUUUGUUGGUUUUGUUUUCGUUUACCUCAUUCAAUUGUUGUUCGGAAUAUGUUUUUGGAAAAUACGUAGUUAAAUGAAAGCUAAAUUGCAAAUAAAAGCAAAUACAAUAAAAAUAUUGAAACCAUGA